AAGCCUGACAAAUAGGAAAAUACUACAAAGUGAAGAGAAAAUUCACUUCACGAGAACUGAGCUCUGCUUUCAUUGGCUUUUAAAUUUUAUUUGUAUUAAUAACCGAUUAGUGUCAGAUCAUCUCUGUAGUCUACUGUGGUGAAAUUAUUAGGUUAAAGCUGGAAAAAAUGAAACAAUUAAAAAGAAAAAGAAAAAGCAAUUUUAGUGUUCAGGAAACUCAAACUCUCCUUAAGGAAAUCAGAAAAAGGAGAGAAGUACUCUUUUCAAAGCAACUUAAUACAACAAUUAAUGAGAUGAAACGGAAAGCUUGGGAGGAAAUAGCGGAGUGUGUAAAUGCUGUAGGUGAAGGAGAGCAAAGAACAGGGACAGAAGUGAAAAGGCGAUACCUUGACUGGAGAGCACUCAUGAAGAGAAAACGUCUGAAUGCAAACAUCAAAGUAGUAGGUGCUGGGUUUCACCUUCCUUCAUCCAAUUUAGAUGACUCUCUCAAUGAAGACAUGGAUGAGAAAAUGGGAUUUGCAAUUGAAUCUAGUUUUGAAUGGCAAAAUAUCACUGACUUCAGAGAAGCUGGUGGAUCUUUAACAGAAAUCAAAGUAGAAGAGGAAGAGGAGGAUCCGCAGAAUUUUGAAUUUCCUAUUGAGGAAGAAGAAGAAAUUUUGUCAUCAGUUUUGCCAGAUUCAAAAAAGGAAAAUGACCUUCCAGACUUCCCUCACAUUGAAGAAUUUGGAAAUCUAAGCUCUGCUCAAGCUAGGCUAGCCUAUGAAGAUUCUCACUUGCUUAUAAAUCUGGAGAAGCAGAAGGUGGAGCUGGAGAAGCAGCGACUAGAUAUUGAAGCUGAAAGGUUGCAAGUGGAGAAGGAGCGCCUGCAAAUUGAAAAAGAACGUUUGCGGCAUGUUGACUUGGAGCGUGAGAGACUUCAGAUUGAGAAGGAGCGACUUCAGAUUGAAUGGGAGAAACUCAGGCUAGAGACUCUGCAUGCUGAAAAACCUGCCCUGGAAAAUGACCUCACCCAAACAGAAAAACCUAUCAUGCAGCCUUUGGAUCUAGAAACUGAAAAGUUAAAACUUGAAAAAGAACGUUUGCAGUUAGAGAAAGAGAGGCUGCAGUUCCUAAAGUUCGAGUCAGAGAAGCUGCAGAUUGAGAAGGAACGCUUGCAAGUGGAGAAGGAGCGCCUUCGAAUUCAGAGAGAGGGUCACUUGCAGUGAACUUCUUGACUGAAGUGUCAACAUUAGUGUUUUGAUGUUUGUAAAAUAGAGGUAGUUCUUUUCUUAAUACUGAAACUGUCCUAGAGGCUUAACAUUUUUCUGUUCAGACUUGAAUGUUAAUGUUAAACUGAAAAAGGAAAAAAAAAAAAAGGAAAAAAAGAAUGGUGCUCAAUAUGUCAGUAUGCCUACAUAAAUGAGCUUAUGUGUGAAAUUGUUUUUCAGUGUAUCAGAACUAAGUGUUAUGUUCUCUUGUCUUCAGUAUUGUGUUGUAUUAGUUCGGUGUCCUCCUCUCAUAGACACACUGAGAAAAAUCAAGGCUGAACCUUGUACUUUUUUCACUGUACUAACAGUAAGGAAGGAUCAGAAUAAAUC